UCAAGGCUCAAACCACUUUUGUCAGUCUGAGUAGCUCGGCAUCCGUCAACAUGGGGAGCGCUGCCUCUACCGAUGUGAAGAAUGCCAUGGAGGGCAAGUCGACUGAAGAGAUCGUUGCUGCUCUGAAGGAGCUUCCCACAGAUCAACUCACCAAGAUCAAAUCCGCUUUGGAUGGCGGCUCCUCUGGUCCUUGCCCGGGACCAGUUGACUGCGGCAAGAUCUCCGUUGUGGCCAAGGACUACAAGGGCCUCAUGGAGCAGCCAAAGGAGCCCAAGUUCAAGGGCGCCUUGUGCCAGAUCUUCGUUCGGAGUCAGCCCUACGGAGGCUCGGACAAGAGCAACAAUGGUCAUCGGUACGACUCGGUGCCGUUUGCAAAUGGCAUGAUCACCUCUGGCAUGAGCUGUCAACUGAUUCACUACACGCACGAGGAGCAUGAGACUUUCUUCGAUGUGUGCAAGAAUUUCAACUUCAUUAUCGUGCGUUGCAAUCCAGGCCAGAUCAAGGCUGAUGGGGGAGACCAGCAGAAGUUUGAUGACGGCAUGCGGGCCUUGCGCAAGACCGGCAUCCAGGUCUGGCCUUCCCCGGAUGUCAUGGAGAAGAUGGGUGCCAAGGAUGCGCUGUGCAAGGUGGCCACGCUGAAUAUCGGCUUGGAAGACACCCUGGCGUACUACUCGCCCGAAGAAUUUGCGGCUGGCUUCAAGAAGACCAUGGCGUUUCAGCCGCGCGUGAUCAAGCAGAACCGCGGCUCCUCCGGUGAGGGCAUCUGGAUCAUCAAGUUGAAGGACGGCAACUACUGCAAGGAGUACGGCGAGCGCUGCUGCGAGGAUGGCGAGAAGCUGUCCUUGAUGGAGGCCAACGACAACCACGAGGAGGAGCAUACCGUGGCAGAGUUCGUCGAGUUCUGCGUAAGUGGCCGCAACGAUAAGUCCGGAGAAUGGACCUCCAAGGGCGUGGGCAAGUACUUGGAGGGCGGCAAAGACGCAGGUGGCCAGCUUGUGGAUCAGCGCUUCUGUCCACGUAUCGUGGAAGGUGAGCUGCGCUACAACCUGAUUGUGGAUUCCCUGGUGGGCAUUAUCCACAAGAAGCCCAAGGAGGGAGGAAUCUCUGCAGUGGGUGGAACCGGUUCCACCUACACCUACUAUGGUCCUGAGGAGAAGCUCUUCGAGAACCUGACCACGAACUUCCUGAAGAAGGACCUGCCGCACGUCAUGCCUGCGCUGGAUUUGGCCGAGGAACCCGUGCCUCUGUGGUGGACCACUGACUUCAUCAACUCCUCCCCGGAAGGCACGAAGACCGAGGACGAGAAAUGGAUCGUGGGCGAGUUCAACUGCUCCUGCGUCGGCAUCUCCCGUUGCCUGGCUGCCUACUGCAAGGACGACACGCCCAACGCCUGCUUUCACGACAUCUCAGAGGAGGAUAAGGCGGAGGCCAAGAAGUAUGGGGACCUCAUGGGAGAAAAGGCCUUUGGCAUUCUCUCGAAGUGAGACUACUGCAUAGUGCUCUGCAGGGCUCAGCUUUCACCCAGCCUUUGACCUUGGCCGUGACUUUUCGCCCCUUCAUCUUCAUAGCAACUCCCUGGUCAUAUACCGGCAACGUAGCAGCUGCGUUGAGUGCUUUGCCCCGUGUUCGUGGUCGCAUCCGCCUAUUGCCGGUGCAUCACAGACGCUUUUCACAGAGGCUUGACCUGCUGCUUGCCGCUUCUCACCCGCCGCUUGACUCGGGACCAUGGCACACGGCCUUUUCGCGGUGGCCGUGGUUCUGACGCAUUUUGUGCCGGCUGCUGAAACAGCAACGCCGGCAUCUUUGAGUAGUGCCGUCCAUUGCAAUAUGCAUCGCACGCUUCGCUCGUGCACGCGGCAG